GCCCCUAAAGAAUCACUCCUCCGCUACUUGUACGCUAUCGCUGCAGCCACCACCGCCUCGGGUGUCCCAUACGCCCUGACUUUCUUGCGUCGGACCAAUGGCGCGCUGUCACGCCGCGCGCAGAGCCUUGCGGGGCCAGGGAAUGGUGCCAUAGCUUUGACAUACGCGUUCAAUGAGAGACGGAGCGUCGAGCGUGACAAGAAAUUCAGUACGCUUGAGUUGGUUCGACGAUGGCAGUGGCAUAACUCGGUGAGAACGCUUGUCUUGGUGUUGGGAACAGCUGUGGGGACGUUGGCCGUGGCGAUGGAU